AUGGAGUGGGAUCCAACACAAUUCUUCCGCGAGUCCGACGACCCCGUUGCCCCCUUCGCACUGCUCGUCCUCAACCAGCCAAUCAAUGAAAGAGCCUUUACAGUGCUGAACGACCAUGGCAAGUCCCUUUCCCUCUCCAACCACGACCUAUUUACUGUCUAUCUCGUGCGAAUUUCUAACGCCGCACUUGCAUCUAGCAUACUUCACUAUCUGCGCCGACGGCGGCGCAAACCGCUUCUUCGACAUGAUGCAAACUCACAACCGGGAAUCAACAGACAUUCCAUCCGGCCCAGCGUGCGCGCGCACUACGAGCGCCUGGGCGUGCGCAUCCUCAAGGACGCAGACCAGUACUCGACCGACUUCACCAAGUGUCUCAAGUACCUGAGCGCGCACGCGGCGGAGAUCAUCGCGGGCCGGCGCGCGACGCUGCCACCGCCGCCGCCGAGGCGCGACACGCGGCUCGAGAUCCUCGUCAUGGGCGGGCUGGGCGGGCGCGUGGACCAGGCGUUAUCGCAGAUCCAUCAUCUGUAUGUGAUGACGCGGGAGGUGGCGGAGUCGGCGGCGGCGGCGGCGGCGGCAGCAGUAGAGGAAGAAGCCACGGUGGGGAAUCUGUAUCUUAUCUCUGAGGAGAGUAUUACGUUUGUGCUUCAGUCGGGGAAGCAUACUAUCCGGACGCCGAGGACGAAUCGGCCCGGGAUUUCGGGGAGGGGUGGUAGUAGGGAGGAGGAGGGGUUCUACCUUCUCGAGGAGAAUGUGGGGAUUAUUCCGCUGUCUGGGCCGGCGAGGAUCACCACACAUGGCUUUGAGUGGGAUGUGGCAGACUGGUUGACGGAGAUUGGCGGCCGGGUGAGUACGAGUAAUCAUAUUCGGGCAGAUGUGGUGAGUGUAGAGACGAGGGUCCCGGUUCUGUUCACGCUGGAGCUGGCGGAGAGGUUCAAGAGGGUGCGAUGA